AUGGCUUCGGUUACAAAGAAAAUUGUUGUUUUACCAGGUGACCAUGUCGGUCAAGAAAUUGUAUUAGAAGCGAUUAAAGUUUUGAAAGCCAUCAGUGAAGCUCACCCAAAUAUCAAGUUCGAUUUUGAGAACCAUUUGAUUGGUGGUGCUGCUAUCGAUGCUACUGGAGUUCCAUUGCCAGACGAAGCUUUAGAAGCUUCAAAGAAAGCCGAUGCAGUUUUAUUGGGUGCCGUUGGUGGUCCAAAGUGGGGUACAGGUUCAGUUAGACCAGAACAGGGUCUAUUGAAAAUUCGUAAAGAAUUGCAACUCUAUGCUAAUUUGAGACCAUGCAAUUUUGCCUCCGAUUCCUUAUUGGAACUUUCUCCGUUAAAGGAAAAGUAUGCCAAGGGUACAGACUUCGUUGUGGUAAGAGAGCUCGUCGGUGGUAUCUACUUUGGUGAAAGAAAGGAAGACAAUGGUGACGGUGUUGCUUGGGAUAGCGAACAAUACUCUGUUCCGGAAGUUCAGAGAAUUACAAGAAUGGCAGCAUUUUUGGCUUUACAACAAAAUCCACCAUUGCCAAUUUGGUCCUUAGAUAAGGCAAACGUUUUAGCUUCGUCAAGAUUGUGGAGAAAAACUGUUGAAGAGACAAUUAAAAAUGAAUUCCCAACAUUAUCUGUAAAUCAUCAAUUGAUUGAUUCUGCUGCGAUGAUUCUGAUCAAAAACCCAACACAAUUGAAUGGUAUAAUAAUAACUAACAACAUGUUCGGUGAUAUAAUUUCCGAUGAAGCAUCUGUUAUUCCUGGUUCUCUUGGCUUAUUACCAUCUGCUUCCCUAGCGUCGUUGCCUGACAAGAAUACCGCAUUUGGUCUAUACGAGCCUUGUCAUGGUUCAGCACCAGAUUUGCCAAAGGGUAAAGUUAAUCCAAUUGCUACAAUUCUUUCGGCUGCAAUGAUGUUGAGACUUUCUUUAAAUAUGGCCGAGGAAGCUGCUGCUGUUGAAGCCGCUGUUAAGAAGGUUUUAGAUUCUGGUAUUAGAACUGGCGAUUUAGGUGGUUCGAAUUCGACUUCCGAAGUGGGUGACGCUGUUGCUAAGGCUGUUAAGGAAAUUUUGAAAUGA